AUUAACAAGCGUUCAAAAGCGGAACAGGUCUAAAGAAGAAGAAGAAGAAGUAGACGCAGGCCGACCUGCUGCAGUAGCCGGUCGGAGAAGUCGAAAAUUGUAUAUGGUCGCCGGUUUACCGGCGGUAAGCCGCUGGUCCCGGGAACAUUGCCUAUUUUGCCGGCGGUCAGGCCCCGAUUGGCUUAUCGGGAGUGAUCGGGGACGAUCGGGACCCGGAGCGGGAAUGUGUGCGAGACACUUUACUAUUAUUUUCUGUUUGAUGUCGCCUAAUUUUACUUUGUUCGUAUUUAAAGGUGUUUCGUUUCAGUUUUUUGGGCGUGGAGUGCAAUGUUUGUACACACAGGGGCGUCCCCGCCACACGGGUGUGAUCAAGGAGACUGGGUGUGAUAUACACAUGCAGUGACAAGGGGCGUGCAGGAAGCAGGCUGCAGGGCUGCACAGCAGGUGUGCUAGCAGGAGGCUGCAGGGCUGGACAGGCCUUCAAUAAGGUAUGCUGGCAGGAGACUGCAGGGCUGGACAGCACCAAGACCAGCUGAUUGACUUCCUGCAGCAGGUGUGCUGGCAGAAGACUGCAGGGAUGGACAGCACUAAGACCAGCUGACUGACUCCCUGCAGCAGGUGUGCUGGCAGGAGGCUGCAGGGCUGGAGAGCAUCAAAACCAGCUGACUUACUCCCUGGAGCAGGUGCACUGGCAGGAGGCUGCAUGGCUGGACAGCACCAAGACCAGCUGACUGACUCCCUGCAGCAGGUGUGCUGGCAUGAGGCUGAAGGGCUGGACUGCAGCAUAAGUGGCUGGGACAAGCAGGAGCAGACUGCUGCAGGGGGCAGCAGGGUCAGUGGCCACCAGAUGAAGCAACUUAAUGCUGGCAACUCCAGCAAAAAAGGAGAGAGGAAGUUUGUGUGUCUGGAGUGUGGAAAAGGAUUCACCUCAAAGGGAAACCUCAAUUAUCACACCCUUACACACACUGGUGUGAAAAACUAUGAAUGUAAGGAAUGUGGGAAAAAAUUCAUACGGAAGGGUACCCUUGAUAGACACACCCUUACACACACUGGUGUAAAAAACUAUGAAUGUAAGGAAUGUGGGAAAAAAUUCUUCCAGAAGAGUACCCUUGAUAGACACACCCUUACACACACUGGUGUAAAAAACUAUGAAUGUAAGGAAUGUGGGAAAAAAUUCAUGCAGAAGAGUCACCUUGAUGUACACACCCUUACACACACACGUGUAAAAAACUAUGAAUGUAAGGAAUGUGGGAAAAAUUUCAUCCAGAAGAGUGCCCUUGAUAGACACACCCUUACACACACUGGUGUAAAAAAAUGUGAAUGUAAGGAAUGUGGGAAAGGAUUCACCUCAUUGAGUAGCCUCAAAUAUCACAUGCUUACACACACUGAUGUAAAAAAUUAUGAGUGUAAGGAAUGUGGGAAAAAAUUCACCCAGAAGAGUCGCCUUGAUACACACACCCUUACACACACUGGUGUAAGAAAUUAUGAAUGUAAGGAAUGUGGGAAAAAAUUCAUCCAGAAGAGCAACCUUGAUACACACACCCUUACACACACUGGUGUAAAAAACUAUGAAUGCCUAGAAUGUGGAAAAAAAUUCAGCCAUAAGAGUGGACUUAAUAGACACACCGUUGCACACACUGGUGUAAAAAACUAUGAAUGCCUAGAAUGUGGAAAAAAAUUCGUCCGGAAGAGUACCCUUGAUACACACUCUCUUAUUCACACUGGUGUAAAAAACUAUGAAUGUAAGGAAUGUGGGAAAAAAUUCAUAGAGAAGGGUACCCUUGAUAGACACACCCUUAUACACACUGGUGUAAAAAACUAUGAAUGUAAGGAAUGUGGGAAAAAAUUCACAGAGAAGGGUACCCUUGAUAGACACACCCUUAUACACACUGGUGUAAAAAGUCAUGAGUGUUUAGAGUGUGGGAAGAGAUUCCGUUUGAAGCCGGCACUCAAUCGACACAUCUUCACCCACUAUGACCUUAGAGAGUUCAAGUGUGAUGUUUGUGGUAAGCACUUCAAGAUGAAGAAAGACAUUGCCAAGCACAUGAAGAUUCACUUCAGAAGUGUGUCUGCCUACAGCAGCUAUACUGACCAGGUUGUUAGCAGCAAUUGAGCCUGUUAAGGGAAGGCAAGUGAAGGAGAGGUAAAAGUGAUCAUGUGAGAGUAAUUAUAAAUUAAGUUACCAAAUGCAGAGACCUCAGCCCAUGCUUGUAUGCUUCAGUGACCUGGCUAAGAAACAUGUCUUGAAGAAAGUCAAGAAAUUGAAAGACAUGGACAAGCUCUCAGGAAUUUAGUCUCAAUUGGUCAAACUUUGCUUUUAACUCGUUUAUGUUUCUGGAGUGAACAGUGUGUGUGUGUAUAUAUGCAUGCAUUAUAUUUGUUUAAACUGAUAAACUACAGUUGCUUCUUAAUAUUGUAUUUAUGCAUGAGGCCUGUAUAAGAGCUUUGGCUCAUCAGGCCUAAGCUUCAUUAUUAUAUUUGUUUAGUUAAUAUGUAUUUCCUACUGAAGUCAAAUAAAUCUCUCUCUCUCUC